AUGACCAAGCUUCUCGUUGUCUUCGGGGCCACUGGGCAGCAAGGUGGCUCCGUGAUUGACGCAGUUCUAAACAAUCCUGAGCUCUCAAAAGAAUAUUCCCUGCGCGCAAUCACCCGAGAUGCUACACGACCAUCAGCCCAAAGUCUGCGAGAUCGAGGCGUAGAGACUGUCGAGGCCGAUGUCGAUGAUCCCAAAUCGCUUCCUUCAGCUCUAGCGCAAGCCCAUACCGUUUUCAUCAUGACUGUCUCUGUCUACGAUGAGCAUCUCAAGACCCGUGAGCUUCGCCAGACAAAAGAUAUAGCCGAUGCAGCGGUUGCGGCAGGGGCUCAAUACCUCAUUUACAGCUCCUGUGUGGGUGCUGAGAGACUUUGGGGGAAACCAGUCACCGCAUUUGAUUCCAAGGCAGAUUGUGAGGCUUAUAUUCGCACUCUGCCUGUUAAGAGUGCAUUCUUUGACCCGGCAAUGUUCAUGCAAAACUAUCUCACGAACCAGCGCCCGCGGCCAAUGCCAGGGAAGGAAGGCGACGAGAUUACCUAUGCCAUUGCCAACUUCAUUUCCCCCGAUGCGCCUAUCCCACUGAUUGAUACAGUCAAGGAUAGUGGCAAGUAUGUUGGAACAAUCCUUGCCAACCCUGAUAAGUAUGCUGGAAACACAUUCUUCGCGGCGACUGCCUUUUAUAGCUAUCGCGAAGCUGCCGAAAUUAUCACACGUAUCACCGGAAAGCGAACCAUUUAUGUGCAAAUCCCACUUGAACAAUGGAUCAGCUACCUGCCUCCUGGAUAUGAAAAAGCCAUGACGGAGAUGAUGCGGUGGAUCGAGAACCCAGGAUACUUUGGUCCACAGAGCAAGGAAGAAGUCAAGUGGACAGUACAGCAGGUCAAAGACGACUUGACCACAUUCGAGGAAUUCGUGGAGAGACAUGCUACGGAUUUAAUCUAG